CUGAAAGCAGCAAGAGAAAAGCAAUCCAUCACAUACAAGCGAAGCUCAAUAAGACCACGUGCAGCAGCUCAGGCGGCAGAAGGAGCGGCGGAGGCCAGCAGCCCAGCUUCAUGAAGGCUCUCGGCGCGCUGCGGCCCGCAGCACCCAGCAAACGCCCGCUCCACUGCUAAGAUGCCCAAGAGGAAGGUCAGCUUGGCCAAUGGAGCGGGGAAGGAGGAGCCCAAGAGGAGGUCAGCGAGGCUGUCAGCUCCUACUCCUGCAAAAGCGAAGCAAGAAGCAAAGCCAAAAAAGGCAGCUGGAAAGGAUAAGUCUUCAGACAAAACAGUGCAACCAAAAGGGAAAAGAGGAGCAAAGGAAAAACAAGCUGAAAUGGCUAACCAAGAAACUAAAGAUUUACCUGCAGAAAAUGGAGAAAGUAAAAAUGAAGAGAGUCCAGCCUCUGAUGAAGCAGGAGAGACAGAAGCCAAGUCUGAUUAA